CAGCGAUACCGAGUUUUGUACACGGAAGACGAAAGCUAUCAGUAUCUCGAUGGUGAAGCUGCGCAAUGUGUCAGUGGUUGGGAGAAAUUACCAUGCCGUUUUCAGCUCUUCGAUGUCGAAAGGAUACCGAAGAAAACGUCUCGUACAGAAAGCAAUGAAAAAGAUGCUAACGCCGAGUCAGUCGGGGUCUGAGGAUCCGAUCACUCCCGAGGAAAUCGGCAAUGGAUCUGUCACAGAGAAUCCCAGAGCAACAGGAAGUGAUUCGAGCUCGUAUGCGCAUGGCACGCGAACUGUUGGCACGUUCGAGGUAGAAUUCUUCUCUACCGGGAGAACCGGAAGGAGGAAUGCUGUGGCGGACCUUUUUGGUCGUCACGCAGAAACCGAAAUAAUAGAUUUGCCGGAUCGUUUCGAAGAACUUUCCGUGGAGACAGAUCAAUCGAAGAAUGACAGGCAAGAUCCAAACUCGCCGGGUACCUCGAAACAGCAGGGUUGACGUAACCCUGGAUUUCUUUUUGUGAAUACCUUGAUCACAACAUCGACGGCGUGUACCAUCGAUGGAAACUGCACUGAAAACAGCAAAAAAUAUUGUUUGAAGUACUAUGGGAAGGGAGUUGCUGAAACAUCAAGUUAUCAUACGGCGUCCAACUUUUGCGCACGAUUGAUCGUGCACAUG